UUAAUAAGGUUGGAAACGUAUCUUUGUCCACAAAACUAUCAGAUAAUGCAAGAAAAAACCUUCAUGCGCAACUCAGUUAAGUCCAGUAAUGCUGUACUCAAUUACAAAGCAUUAAGCGUCUUGUUGACAAAGAUCACGGGGAAAAUUUGUAAACACGAAUUUGAUCGUCCGGUGAUCAGCUGUGGGGCACAUGGAACGGGAGUUGAAUUCAGUUUGACAGGCAAUAUGUGGAAGGUAGGAGGUGAAAAAUAUCUGGUGGGGACAGUUAACAAGUACUUUACUGGAAAAGUACGAUGCACAGCAUCAAAAAGAGCUAUAUCAUGUGUGUCCACUACAGGCGGUGACCUGUGGCCGAAGCCCAGUCCUAUCGCUGACCAAUGGACAAGGACCGUGAAUCAAAUGUCAUGUUAUAAACCAACAAAUGUUGGACUUAAUACUGCUGUUCACCAAACAUUUCGACAUUUUAGUGUGUCUGCAAUGCAUCCAAGUCAAGCUGCCACUGUGCAGAUAGAUAGCAGAGGUGCGAGUGACCCCACCCCUCAAGGAAUCCAGGGAGAUGACUGUGUUAACUUUCGGUUGUGGAUGGAGAGUUGUCAACGUUAUGGACUCCCUGGAUGUGAUGAACAGGCUAAUCACAUCGUGUCUGGUCGCAAAACGCUGUCUGAAGUAUUCCGAGAACAGGAACAGGUCAUUAUAGACAUUGCCAGAAAUUAUUCACAGAUCAAGAAAAAAAGAAAAGUUGACAGUGAAAAAGAAAUUUCACACCAAGGAGUCCAAGGGGAUUGUGGGUACUGUGCACCGUUUGAUUCUUCUGAUAGCUGCAUUCAGGGGGUACAGGGCCUUAACAUAUUGGACAGUCUGGUAAACGUCCCCUCCCCUCAAGGAAUACAAGGGGAUGAAUGUGUGCAGUUCAAACUCUGGCUGGAAAACUGUCAUCGGUUCGGGCUCACCGGGGAGUGUGAAGAACAACUAUACAGCAUCAAGAAAGGAAGGAAAACACUGGCUCAAAUAUUCGAAGAGCAGGAUAUUCUUAUUAGGAAAAUUGUGCAGGAGUACAAAUCUAACAGGUCCAAAAAUGAGUCAAGUUGAUAAUGAUGGAUGUUUAAUGACUUAACUGUAAAACAUGGAUGAAAUAUUUACAUAUAUGGUUAUCUUCUUUAAUUUUUUAAAACAGGGUUAAAAGGAUCUUUUAUCCUGUGGAAAAUUGUCGCUUUUUGUAAAAAUUCAAUCUGACUAAUACCAGAUAUAAAAUUAAAACAAAAGUGUAUCAGAACCACUAAUUUAAUUAGGUUGUCUAAAAAGUUUCAUUAAAUGUUGAAUUGCUUUGCUAGUAAGAGAUUUAUUUAAUGUAUAUAAUAUGUAAUGAUUUAGUUAAAGUGUGUAAUCAUUGUAUAGUAUUAUAUGAAAUCUAUAAUUGUUAUAUUGAAUUGUUGUGUCAUGUUCUAAAUUUUGAAUGUACCGGUUGGGAGUAAAUGCAAAAUUUAGAACAUGACAGUUGAUUUAAAAGGUUGUUAAUGUUUACAUUAGUGAGUACUCUGUCUCUAUGCUCAUGACUGUAUUAUAAAUUCCCAGUGAUUUCAGCAUAGCUAUACUCUUAGUAUAAUGAAAAAAUGGAGAAUAAAACCAUGCUUAUCUCAAAUCAUGUAUGGUAUUCAUUUAAAUUAUUUAUAAUGCAAUGGCAGCAAUCAAUGGAAAAUAUGCUCAUUAAAUAAUUAUAUGAAUGCUGUCAAAACAUCUCAUGUGGUGUCUGUUUUAUAAAAGUAACCUUCAAAUUCAUUAUAAUGCCCUGUAAAUUCAGUUCAUUUAUUAGGUCACCUGAGCCGAAGGCUCAAGUGAGCUUUUCUGAUCACAUUUUGUCCGUCGUCCGUCCGUCUGUCUGUCCGUCCGUCUGUCUGUCCGUCUGUCUGUCUGUCCGUCUGUAAACUUUUCACAUUUUCGACUUCUUCUCAAGAACCACUGGGCCAAUUUUGACCAAACUUGGUACAAAGCAUCCUUGGGUGAAGGGGAAUUUAAAUUGUUAAAAUGAAGGGACAUAUCCCCUCGCAAGGGGAGAUAAUCAAGAAAAGACAAAAAUAGGGCGGGGUCAUUAAAAAAUCUUCUUCUCAAGAACCACUGGGCCAGUAAAGCUGAAACUUAUGGGGAAGCAUCCUGGGGUAGUGUAGAUUCUAAAGUGUUUCAUUCAUGACCCCUGGGGUAAGGGCGGGGCCACAAUGGGGAAUCAAAGUUUUAUAUAGAAAUAUAUAGGAAAAAUCUUUGAAAAUCUUCUUCUCAAGAACCACUGGGCCAGAAAAGCUGAAACUUAUGUGGAAAAAUCCUGGUAUAAUGUAGAUUCUAAAUUGUUCAAAUAAUGACCCCCGGGGGAAGGGCGGGGCCACAAUGGGGAAUCAAAGUUUUAUAUAGAAAUAUAUAGGAAAAAUCUUUGAAAAUCUUCUUCUCAAGAACCACUGGGCCAGAAAAAGUGAAACUUAUGUGGAAGCAUUCUGGGGUAGUGUAAAUUCUAAAUUAUAGGAAUCAUGACCCCCGGGGGAAGGGCAGGGCCAUUAUAGAGAAUCAAAGUUUUACAUAUAUAUAUAGGAAAAAUCUUUGAAAAUCUUCAUCUCAUGAACCACUGGGCCAAAAAAGCUGAAACUUAUGUGGAAGCAUCCUGGUAUAAUGUAGAUUCUCAAUUGUUCAAAUAAUGACCCCCGGGGGAAGGGUGGGGCCACAAUGGGGAAUCAAAGGUUUAUAUAGAAAUAUAUAGGAAAAAUCUUUGAAAAUCUUCUUCUCAAGAACCACUGGGCCAGAAAAAGUGAAACUUAUGUGGAAGCAUUCUGGGGUAGUGUAAAUUCUAAAUUGUAGGAAUCAUGACCCCCGGGGGAAGGGCAGGGCCAUUAUAGGGAAUCAAAGUUUUACAUAGAAAUACAUAGGAAAAAUCUUUGAAAAUCUUCUCGGGAACCACUGGGCCAAAAAAGCUGAAACAUAUUUGCCCAUUGAAGGAUCAUGGGGUAGUGUAGAUUUCAAAAUGUCUAAAUUAUGAUCAGUGGGGUAGGGUGGGGAUGCAUUAUGUAUAACGAGGGGGAAAUCUGGUAAAGAACAGAAUGGUCAAAGCUUCUCAGGUGAGCGAUGUGGCCCAUGGGCCUCUUGUUUUUUUUAUUCAUUUGCAGAUAUUUAUAUUCAGUAAUAGCCAUCUUUAUGUAUAUGUAUCCUACUCACCAUGACAAGUAUGAAUUUAUCAAGGUAUUAUGAAAGUUUUCCCAGUGAAAAAAGUGUUGAUUUUCCUGAAAACUAUUCAAAAUCUGUCCAUGUUUUUUCACUUUUUUUCUUGAUUGAUUGAUAUAAAACUACAUGCACAGUUCGAUCUAACUGAUUGCAAAAAAAUUGAGAUAUAUCAAAAAAUAUUAUCUAUGUUCAUAAUUGAAAAGUUUACAUUACAUGUAUGUAAUACUAUACACCAUUGCAAUAUGUUUACAUUAUGUAAUAUUAUCCAGUUGCAAAUAAAAUAAGUUACCUGGUAUUCACAAUGUCAGACUAAAUUGAAAUUAAUUUCUAAGAAACUGUGGUCAUGUUAGACCUAUUGCAUAUUAAAUUCUUUUAGCUUCGAAAAAAAUACUCAAAUUAUGCUGUACAAAAAAGGAAGAGUUGCAUUUAGAGUUAUCUCUCUUGGUGGCUCACAUUAUAUUAAUUCGGGGGGUUUGGGUGGGUGGAUGGAUAGGUCCUUUUUAUUUUUACAUUUCCAAAUCACUAUUGUUGCUGUGCUACAUACUAGUCUGCUCCUGUUUACAGUCUCGGGGCUUGAUCAAGUGGAACCAGAAUUCUCUCUUGGAGAAUAUACCUAGGGUAUAGGUCCAUAUGUACUUGAACUAUAAUUUUGUCCUAAUAUGUGAAUUUAUUGCAUAGUACAGAUAUACAGAAAUUAAAUUACGUGAUAAACAGCAGACGUACUUAUCUGCAUGUGAUCGUCACACUGGAAGAAAAAUAAUCUAAUAAAUAAUAGUUAUCUUUUA